GAAGAUUUGCUAUCACCAGAGACCAACAACGAACUCAAAAGCAGUUUGGCUGAACUGAAAAAUCUAGUAGGCACACAUUUCCAGGCUGGGGAAGACCGAAGUUUCUCUGUCGGGCGCAUUCGUUCAGGGAGAACAGGCCGACCAGCUAUUGAUGUUACCAGAGAACAGAUAGAAUUUCUGCUGGCGCAAGGCAAUACAAUUGCAAAAACUGCUGAAAUACUUGGAUGUUCCUCAUCAUUUCUGUACAAGAAGUCAAAGUUGAUGGGUAUACCUGUCAGAAGUAUGCGGCCUGCAAUAGAUGAUGGUGAACUAGAACAACAUGUGAGGCAACUUCAGGGCCAAUAUCCUAAUUCUGGAAAUGAGAUUAUUCGAGCCCUGUUGCGCACACGGGGUGUCUUUGUUACACGGUCCAGAGUGCGUGAGAUGUUGACACGGGUGAAUCCUACUGCUGCUGCAAGGAGAUGGAGCCGGACAGUUGCAAGACGUGUUUAUCAUGUACCUUACCCCAACAGUUUGUGGCACAUUGAUGGGAACAUGCGUCUGAUAAGAUGGGGCUUUGUCACUCAUGGUGCAAUUGAUGGAUACUCCCGUCUGAUUACUUACCUCAGCUGCAGCACAGACAAUCGUUCCACAACAGUGCUUUCUCAGUUUUUGAAAGCAACCUGCCUCUACGCCCUACCAUCAAGAGUUAGAUCUGACCAUGGUGGUGAAAACAUCCUUGUGGCUUUAUUCAUGCAUCUAGUUCAAGGACUUGAACACAGAGGUUACAUAACCGGACGAUCAGUUCACAAUCAGAGAAUUGAACGCCUUUGGCGUGAUGUAUUUUUGCAUGUGUUGCAGCACUUUUACCAUAUGUUCUACUCCUUAGAGGAUUCAGAGGUUCUAAACCCAGAUAAUGAUGUCCACAGACUAUCACUGCAUAUUGUUUAUCUUCCGGAGAUCCAGAAAAGACUGGAGCAGUUUAGACAGGCCUGGAACCUCCAUCCGUUGAGAACAGAAAAUAAUCGCACACCAACUCAACUCUGGACAGAGGGCAUGCUCAGAAAUAUUGCCACAGACAGCACAGCUGUCAACAAUGUGUUUGGGGAAAAUCCCUACAGCGACCAAAACAUUGAGGCCAUCCUAGCGCAGUACGGAAUUCAAACACUGCCUACACUUGACGAGGAAGAGUUCCCAGCUGUAAGGGUAGAGCCACCUCAACUCAUCCUCACUCGGCAACAACAGACAUCUGUGCACAAUGCAAUCCAACACUUUUCUGAUCUGAAGAUUAAAUAUCAGGCUUGCUGUACUGCAAUUGUCAGUAUUUUGCAAACUGAUCAGGUAUAGUCCAAUUCCAAGCCCAGAGACAUUUUAUUGGUUGCAUACAUUAUCCAGGAUGUAGCUAAUGCCGGGUGUGCCAGUCAAGACAUUGGAAGUAGCAACAAGUGUUGUCAUAUGUCAUAUUGUAGGCCUAUUGUUGGUUGACAAGCGCCGACACGCCCUGCCUGACUCUGUUUAGGCUACUCUGUGUAGGGGGAUGGGCUGUAUAGUUGCGUUACUGCUCCCAUUGUGCUUGGUCAACAUUGUACAAUAAAUAAAUAUACAUUUGAUGUCUAACUAAUUUGCAUGUCCUGCCCACAGGUGCCCAAGAGGCUGGCAUCAUGCAUGGUCAUACGUCUUCAAA